GGCACGGCCACCAACUCACGACCAGCCGACCUGCCACACGGCCAAACAACACGGCUGCGCACCAAGUCACCCAGAAGCUCCAGCACUCGAGGCACCAGCACCGCCAUGCCUGCCGCUAAGGUUCCCAGGCCGAGGAGACCCUCCCCCAUCCCGUCAGGCUCAGAGGACAGCAAUGCCUCCGCCGCUGCUUCGUCGGCUGCCUCAUCCAGCCCCGGCCGCGAUGCUGAUGAGCCGGGAGUGGAGCUCGGCAGCGACUCCGAGUCGGAUUCCCUAGACAGCUCUGCGUCCCGGAAACGGAGAAGGCUCUCGCCCGGUGCAGCGGUCGACCCGGCCUCGUUGUUCAGUGCUCCCUCCCGCAUAAAGCGCAAAGAUGGCCCGGCCUCGCGUGCGGCCCCUGCAAAGGAGCCGGAAGCCGGCGCCGUGGCUGUUCCGGCCGCGUCCGUCACGGCUCCCGUUGACACCAAAGCUUCUUUCGAGUCCUUGAAGCUUCGGCCAUGGCUCGUGCAGUCGCUAGCCAACAUGGCCAUCAAGCGUCCGACCGGCAUCCAGAAGUUGUGUAUCCCAGAGAUCCUCAAGGGCCGCGACUGCAUCGGCUCCAGCAGGACAGGUUCCGGAAAGACCGUCGCCUUUGCUGCGCCGAUCUUGCAGAAGUGGGCAGAAGAUCCCAGCGCCAUCUACGCUGUUGUCCUUACGGCCACGCGCGAGCUCGCCCUGCAAAUCUACGAGCAGUUCAAAGCCAUAUCGGCGCCGCAAAACCUCAAGGUCAUUCUCGUCACCGGUGGCGCAGACAUGCGUUCCCAGGCCAUUGCGCUCGCCCAGAGACCGCACGCCAUCAUUGCCACACCAGGCCGCCUUGCAGACCAUAUCCGCUCGUCAGGCGAGGACACAAUCUGCGGCUUACGGCGAGUGCGUUUCGUCGUGCUCGACGAAGCCGAUCGCCUGCUCACCUCGGGCGGGCCCGGCAGCAUGUUGCCCGACAUUGAGGAAUGCCUCGAGGUAUUGCCUCCGUCAACUCAGCGACAGACACUCUUGUUUACGGCCACCAUCACUCCCGAGGUGCGCGCCUUGAAGGACAUGCCCGCCAAGCCAGGCAAGGAGCCCGCGUAUGUCUGCGAGGUGGACACGCAGCGGCUCGCCGUGCCGACCACGCUCCACCAGAUGUACCUGCAGGUCAACGUCACGCACAAGGAGUACUACCUGCACGCCUUCCUGCUGACCGACGCCAACGUGGACAAGUCCAUCAUCAUCUUCUGCAACCGCGCCUCGACGGCCGAGUACCUGCACCACCUCCUGCGGCUGCUCGAGCACCGCGUGACGUCGCUGCACUCGAAGCUGGCCCAGCGCCAGCGCAUCGACAACCUCGGCCGCUUCCGCGCCUCGGCCGCCCGCAUCCUCGUCGCCACCGACGUCGCCUCGCGCGGCCUCGACAUCCCCGAGGUCAGCCUCGUCGUCAACUACGACGUGCCGCAGGACCCGGACGACUACAUCCACCGCGUGGGCCGCACCGCGCGCGCGGGCCGCAAGGGCGACGCCGUGACCAUGGUCGGCCAGCGCGACGUCGAGCGCGUGCACGCCAUCGAGGCCCGCGUGGGCCAGCAGAUGGACGAGUGGGCAGAGGAAGGCGUCAACCUGGAGACGCGGUUCGUGCGCGACUACAUGAAGGUUGUCAGCGAGUCGAAGCGCGAGGCCCUCCUGGACAUUGAGGAGCACCGCGAGGUCGGCGGCAAGCGGAAGCGCACCAAGAUGCGGCUCGAGUAGGUCGUUUGGCGGGAGGACUUGUGUGUGCGUGUGUAUGUGUUUGCAUUUAGCGAUUUGAAAGGCUUGUCAUGGCGUGUGUACAAAUUUGGAGGGGGCUAUAGAUUAGAGGUGGCUUAUGACUCACAAGAUUAGACUACAAAUUCAUUGUCUCCCGAAGACGAAAC